AUGUCAUAUAGCUACCUCUUUAAAUUUAUAUUGAUUGGUGAUACAGGUAUGUGUGUUAUGCAUUCGAUUUAAGGUGUUGGGAAAUCUUGUCUUCUUUUGCAAUUCAUAGAUAAGAGAUUCAGACAGAAGCAUGAGGUUACCAUUGGUGUGGAAUUUGGUGCAAGAAUGAUAGAGUUCGAUGGAUAGAACAUAAAAUUACAAAUUUGGGACACGGUACUCUCAAACUCCAUAUUUUUAUAGGCAGGGUAAGAAUCUUUCAGAUCAAUCACUCGUUCUUAUUAUCGAUCUGCUGCUGGUGCAAUCAUAGUGUAUGAUAUUACUAAGAGAGAGACUUUCGAAAACAUUUCUCGAUGGUUGGAGGAAGCUAAAUAAAAUGGAAAUCCAAAAUUGACAUUUACUCUUGUUGGCAACAAGAGUGAUUUGGAAGCAGAGUACAUUGAAUAUUCCUAAUCAUUAGUCGAUAAGUGUCUUUCGAAGAAGGUCAAGAGUUUGCAAGAAAUAAUGGCAUUGAUUUUGUGGAAGUGAGUGCCAAGACAGCCAAUAAUGUCGAAGAAGUAUUCCUUAAGACAGCCUAACAAAUUUUGGAAAAAAUUAAUAGCAACCAAAUUGACCCAAAAAAUGAAAGUCAUGGAAUCAAAGUUGGGACUGAACAAGGAGUCAAAAAAUCAUUUAUUAAUAAUACUCAAUAAUUAUAACCACAACCCGAAACUGAAGAAAAGCAAGGACCAUGUUGUUGAAUCGGAU